AUGACGAAUCAACGGGAGAGACAGCUGCAUCGCGCGCGCCUGGUUGCCAGUGUCGCAGCUACCGUUAUCUCUCUAGCCUGCGGUACCAACUACGUCUAUUCAGCAUGGGCACCUCAAUUCGCUGAGCGAUUGAAGCUUUCCUCGACCGAAACGAACGUCAUUGGUCUCUCCGCCAAUUUGGGGAUGUAUUCAUUGGGCGUCCCCGUCGGCAUGCUCGUUGAUCACAAAGGACCUCGCUCUGCAGUCAUUCUAGGCUCUGUCUUGCUCGCCGUUGGAUAUUUCCCUUUCCACAUCGCUUACGACCGUGCCGCUGCUCCCGUGCCGCUUCUAUGCUUUUUUUCCUAUUUGACCGGCCUCGGCGGCUGUCUGGCCUUCGCGGCGGCCGUCAAGACGUCUGCCUUGAACUGGCCACACCAUCGGGGCACCGCAACGGCAUUUCCCCUGGCUGCUUUUGGUCUGAGUGCCUUUUUUUUCUCGACCUUUGGAACCAUAUUUUUCCCAGGCAACACGAGUGCCUUUUUGGCCCUGCUCUCCUUUGGAACCUGCGGCCUGACCUUCCUCGGUUUCUUUUUCCUGCGCGUCUGGCCACAUUCCAGCUACCACAGCGUUCCCGCCAGCGAUGGUUUAUCUGGCUCACAACAUCUUCGCCGUACGUCCUCGGAAGAGGUCAAGCCCAAUUUCUCUGGCCAUGGACGUCGUACUGCCUUGACUGAACCUGGUACGUCGCUUAAAGUUGCCAACACCACUACUACCACCACCACAAUCAACUCCACCAUCGACCACGAGCUGGUUCAUUCAGAAAGCGAACCGUCUGCACCGUCUCGCGAGGCUGAUGAGGCGCAAAUCGAAAACAUCGAUGCCGAUGAUUAUGAGCCCGACGAGACGUCCUCGCUGGUGUCGAGCUCCUCCUCUAUGCCUGGUGAUGUUUUUGUACAGAGUAGUGUUGAUCUGGAUCGUUCUCAUCGAGUAGAUAUUCGUGGUUGGGCACUUCUGUGUGAGGUCGAUUUUUGGCAGUUGUUUAUCAUCAUGGGAAUCCUCACCGGUAUUGGUCUGAUGACUAUCAACAACAUUGGAAACGACGUCAAAGCACUUUGGCGUCACUGGGACGAGUCAGUAGAUGAGGCAUACCUCAUCACCAAGCAACAGAUGCAUGUAUCCAUACUAUCCGUUUGUAGUUUUGCCGGCAGACUCCUCAGCGGUACGUACGACCGUCAUCCGAGAAUCCUUACUUAUAUCGAAACGCGAGCUGAUUUGAACGUCACAGGUGUUGGUUCCGACUUCAUCGUGAAGGUACUCCACGGCAGUCGAGUCUGGUGCCUAGUAGCGUCCAGUGUCGUCUUCUUCGUCGCUCAAAUUCUGGCUCUCCACGUCAUCAACCCUCAUUUACUUGGAUUGGUUUCUGGACUUUCUGGCAUCGCCUACGGCUUCCUUUUCGGAGUGUUCCCCUCCAUCGUUGCCGAAACCUUUGGAAUUCACGGGCUCAGCCAAAACUGGGGUUUGAUGACGCUCUCGCCUGUCGUCUCCGGCAACGUGUUCAACAUUUUCUAUGGAAAGAUCUACGACAAGCAUAGCAUUCUCGGACCUGAUGGCGAACGUGUUUGCCACGACGGGCUCGAAUGCUACCGUGCAGCAUACCUCAUGACGCUUGGAGCAUGCUCCGUUGGUCUACUUCUCACGCUCUGGGUUAUCCGUCACCAGCGAGUCAAAUGGGCCAAGGAAGAAAAGAGCAAGGCCGAGCAGCAUGACUGA